GCUGCCCAGGUCUAUUACGAUCUGCGUACGUAAUAAACACGGAAACCAUUGGCAUCCUCAAUCGGACUACAAUAAGCGCUCCAUGACUGAGUUUCUUUCUCCUUUCUGUUCAGCGUCAUGUCCAUUAUGAGUGCGACCACACCAGUCACUACUUUAGCCGCUCUGAAUCGCAUUCAAGGCUGGAUGGGCACUCUGGUACUCAGUUCGGACGGUUCAAUUUUACAAUCCGCCGGCGACCUGGUUAAUUGCAAGGACAUCGCCGAACGAUUUGCCGCCAUGGCCAAUCGCAUCGGUCGUUUUCUCGUUUUGGACAACCACAGCGAGACUUCGGAGUUUAGACGAUUGAUAGUCUACUAUCGAACAUGCAUGUAUAUCAUGACCUGCGUUGGUGACACAAUCUACGUUGUUAAACGGGCUUCGCAGGAAACAGAUCCCGUGGAAGGGACUACGGGUGUACCAUCUCCGCAAUCUGAGGAUCAUUGGUAG